UCAAAUCUCUCUGUGCCCGCUUCCCUGAUGGCUCAACGAUCUGUCAGCAUCAAGUCCACUGGUGGCAGCCGGAGCUUCAGUGCCUCUUCGGCAUCAUUGCUCCCAGGCUGCCGGACCAGCUUCAGCUCUGUGUCUGUGUCCCAGGGAGGGAAGACUGGGAGCCGUCUUGGGGGUGGCUUUGGGACCAGAAGCCUCCACAACUUCAUGGGUGGCAAAAGGAUCUCUGUCAGUGGAGCAUACCGCUCCAGCAGAGCUGGCUAUGGGGGUGCUAGUUGUGGUUUGGGAUAUGGGGGCAUAGGAUACAGGGUUGGAGGGUAUGGGUUUGGAGGUGGAAUGAUGGCAGGAUCUGGUGGCAUCCAUGAAGUUACAGUGAAUCAGAGCCUACUGGCUCCCCUCAACCUGGAGAUUGACCCAUCCCUCCAGAAGGUUCGGAAGGAAGAGAAAGAACAGAUCAAGACUCUCAACAACAAAUUUGCUUCCUUCAUAGAUAAGGUUCGCUUUCUGGAGCAGCAGAAUAAGGUCUUGGAGACCAAAUGGAGCAUCCUCCAGGACCAUAAGACAACCAAAGCCAAUAUUGAACCCCUGUUUGAAGCCUAUAUCAACAACCUAAGGAGGCAGCUGGAGGGCCUGGGUGGGGAAAGAGGGAGGCUGGAAAUUGAACUGAAGAGCAUGCAGGACGUGGUGGAAGACUUCAAAAACAAAUAUGAAGAUGAAAUCAACAGACGCACAGCAGCAGAGAAUGAGUUUGUGGUGCUCAAGAAGGAUGUAGAUGCAGCUUACAUGAACAAGGUGGAGCUGGAAGCCAAGGUUGAUGCCCUGACCGAUGAAAUCAACUUUCUGAGGGCUUUCUAUGAGGCGGAGCUGGCUCAGCUUCAGGCUCAGAUCUCAGAAACAUCAGUGGUCCUUUCUAUGGAUAACAACCGCAACCUAGACCUGGACAGCAUCAUUGCUGAGGUCAAAGCUCAAUAUGAGGACAUCGCCAACCGAAGUCGGGCCGAAGCAGAGUCCUGGUAUCAGUCCAAGUAUGAGGAACUGCAGCUUUCUGCAGGUAGACAUGGAGAUGACCUCCGUACCACCAGAAUGGAGAUCUCUGAAUUGAAUCGGAUGAUCCAGAGGCUGCGUUCUGAGAUUGACAGUUUGAAGAAGCAGUGUGCCACUCUUCAAGCUGCCAUAGCAGAUGCUGAGCAGCGUGGGGAGCUGGCCCUUAAGGAUGCCCGGGCCAAGCUGGCUGAGCUGGAGGAUGCCCUGCAGAAGGCCAAGCAGGACAUGGCCCGCCAGCUGCGCGAGUACCAGGAGCUGAUGAAUGUCAAGCUGUCCCUGGAUAUCGAGAUUGCCACCUACAGGAAGCUGCUGGAGGGAGAGGAGUGCAGACUCACUGGCGAGGGUGUUGGACCUGUGAAUAUAUCUGUGGUCACUUCUAGUGGGGGCACUGGAUAUGGUGGAAACAGUGGCAUCUGUGUGGGCGGAGGUGGCCUCAGCAGCAGCCUCUGCUAUGGAAGUGGUGUUGGAGGCUUCAGCUCCACCAGUGGCCGCAGCAUGGGGAGCAGCAGCUCCAGCAUGCGCAUCAUCUCCAAGACAUCAUCCACUAAGAAAAGCUAUCGGAGCUAA